CGCGCGGGCGUAUUUGAGCCACGCCCCCUCCUUCGCCCUCCCUCGUUCCGCUCUCUCGCGGGGCCUCGCUCGGAGCAGGCCUCGCAGCCUCGGCCUGGCGUAGCGCGCCCAGCCGCGCGAUGACUGCGAGGGGGGCGGCGACGCUGCUGUGGCUGAGGCGGGGCCCUCGCUAGGCCCGAGGAGGAAGAGGCCGCCGUCGCCGUCGCCAUGCCGGCCAAAAGGAAGCUGGUGCCGCCGGCCCUCAACAUCACCCCCACCAUCGCCGAGGGACCCGGCCCCGCCGGGGGAGAGGGCGACGGCUCCGAAGCACAUCUCGUUGACCUCCAGAAGAAACUGGAAGAGCUGGAGCUGGAUGAGCAACAGAAGAAGCGACUGGAAGCCUUUCUCACUCAGAAAGCCAAAGUUGGAGAGCUGAAAGACGAUGACUUUGAGAGGAUUUCGGAGCUGGGAGCCGGCAACGGCGGGGUGGUCACCAAAGUGCAACACAAACCCUCAGGGCUCAUCAUGGCACGGAAGCUGAUUCACUUGGAGAUCAAACCUGCCAUCCGAAACCAGAUCAUCCGUGAGCUGCAGGUGCUUCAUGAGUGCAACUCCCCAUACAUUGUGGGUUUCUAUGGCGCUUUCUACAGCGAUGGGGAGAUCAGCAUCUGCAUGGAGCACAUGGAUGGCGGCUCUUUAGAUCAAGUUUUGAAAGAAGCCAAAAGAAUUCCGGAGGAGAUCUUGGGGAAAGUCAGUAUAGCAGUUCUCCGUGGAUUGGCUUACUUGCGAGAGAAACACCAGAUCAUGCACAGAGAUGUAAAACCAUCUAACAUCUUGGUGAAUUCUCGAGGAGAAAUUAAACUCUGUGAUUUUGGAGUCAGCGGUCAGCUCAUCGACUCCAUGGCAAAUUCCUUCGUGGGCACUCGAUCCUAUAUGUCCCCUGAACGCUUACAAGGCACUCACUAUUCAGUCCAGUCGGACAUCUGGAGCAUGGGCCUCUCCCUGGUGGAGCUGUCGAUCGGACGAUAUCCCAUCCCCCCGCCUGAUGCCAAGGAACUGGAAGCGAUAUUUGGCCGGCCUGUGAUCGGUGGAGCGGAGGGGGAAACCCACAGCAUCUCCCCGCGGCCCAGGCCCCCGGGACGUCCCAUUAGCGGCCACGGGAUGGACAGCCGGCCUGCCAUGGCCAUCUUUGAACUGCUGGACUACAUAGUUAACGAGCCUCCUCCUAAGCUGCCGAACGGGGUUUUCACUCAAGACUUCCAGGAGUUUGUAAAUGAAUGCUUAAUUAAAAACCCUGCUGAACGGGCAGAUCUGAAGAUGCUGAUGAAUCACACCUUCAUCAAGCGCUCCGAGGUGGAAGAGGUGGAUUUUGCCGGCUGGCUUUGCAGGAUGCUCCGACUGAACCAGCCCAGCACUCCCACCCGCACGGCCAUGUGACCGCCCCGCAGGUGGCCAUCUCCCCCCCCCCCCCCCCCGGUGUGCACCUGCUUAUCUGCCGUCGUCCACUGCCCUUAAGCAGAAGAACAGACCGCCCUUCUUUGCCUGGUUUCUCUUCCGUGGAGACGGCAAAGCACCAGUCCUUUUGAAAAAACCAUCCACUCCUCCGGAAGCGAGAGCAGAGGCCGGCUUGCUCCGUCCCACACCCGUGUCGCUGCCCGCUCUCCUUUCUCCGGGCUGAACGCUGCUCAAAGCCUUCUGACUUGGGGGGGGGGGGGGGUUGUUGCUGUACAAGUGCUGCUGCUGCUUCUUGUUUGGUAGUGUCACCAGGUAUUAGAGGGGGGCGCACGUUAUCACGGUAAGCCAGUUGCUCCAGUCGUGCACUUGUUCUCUUGGGGCGGGGCGGGGGCUAGAACGGUUGGCAGUCGAUUCUGCAGGCGGGUGGAAACCUUUGCAUAAGGAGCGGUUGGGGCAAAGGUGGGCAGGUUACCAAACAGUGUGACUGUUUGAUCAACGUUGGCAGAGGACAGGCAGGCUCCAGCCCUGUGUCUUCCUGGAGCCUGCCAGGGGAAGCGGGGGCGGGGGGGAGGAUAGCAGGAGGGCAGUGAGAUUCAGGAAGUCUGCUUGGUGGGUGAGAGGACAGCAGUGUGCUGCUUCUCGCCCUCUUCUCCUUCCCUGUUUUAUUUUUUAAACAACUUGGUCUCUUGCACGAAAGAGAGCCUUCAAUUUCAUUUGUCAUGUUGGGGUGUGUGGAAGAUGGAGUCUGCUUGAGGGUGAAGGUGCCGCUUUUUUCUUACACACACACACACACACACCACCAUGCAUUCUGGGAAUUGCGGUUAUGAUCCUGUCCUCUGCGCCGGGGGGGAGGGGGGCACAUGGUACUGCCUCAGAGCCCCGUUUCCUUCCUGUUCUUGCCUUCUCAGCACUCAGCGCUACAUUUCUGAAAUCACGCCUACUGCUAAUUUAGCAAAUAGAAAGGCAGAUGGGCUGAGUCGCAAUUUUGGAGUAGUUGAGUGAAGGUGAGUAUCUCAGCUGCAAAGUCCACGGGCUCCUCUCCCUCCAGCAGAAACCUUGCCUUCUCUCUGAAAAGGAAUCCCGUGGUCCACGUGUCCUGUUUGUGGGCACGGCAGCUCCUGCCGAAGAGCAGCAGCACCUCCUGGCCUGUUCAGACGCUCCUGUCUUUUGGUGCUGCUGCUGCUGCUGCUGUGCCUCUCUCCUACGCAUGCGUGAUUCGGCUGUGAUGCUCCUGGUCCCUUUCUCAAGCCGCAAUGCCUCACAGCUCAAAGAAGGCGCUGAAGCAGGUAGAAAGUGUUUUUAGAAACAUUAUUACUUUCCAGAGCGGUAAUGGAUGCCCAAGGAGUGGCCGUUCGUGGCUUUUGAAUGUGGCUAGCUUUUAACAGUGGCUGGUGUUUAGUUUCUCCUCCCCCUUCUCCCCCCCCCCCCCUGUGUCCCUGAUCCUCCUUGGAGUUGAUCCAGUUUAAUUGCUGUGGUUCUUUUUCUCCCCCUCCACCAUCCUUUGUUACGGUUUGAUAACCAAUAAUGGCUUCUUGGAAGGGUCAUCAGUAAGACCCGAUCCGUUCUCCCCUGUCCAUUUAAAUAACAAUUUUUAAGAAUUCCCAGAUGGAUUUCUUGGAUUAUUCAGACAUGGAAUGUUCCUACCUUGUUUCUUCUUUUGGCAUGUUUUUUUUUAAAAAAAAACAACAACAACACCUGGUUCCAGCUUUGGGAAAGGAUAGCCAGGCAGUACCUCUCAGUUAGCCAGACUCAGUCCAGUAGGUAAAGGAAGCCAUGACCAGGAAGAUGAGCAAGGGUGUGUGUGUGUGGGGGGGGGGGAUCUUACUCCACAGUUAUUAGAACAUCAAGUUGCUCAUCGCAGCCUGCCUUGUUGGAGGUGAGCGCGUCAGUUGCAAACUGUAGUGAGGCACGUUCCACUCUCACGGGCAGGGGCAUCAGUGGGAGUCCACAUGCUGCAAGAGCUAACCUUUCCUGCAAUUGCUGGCAUGCCUGUUUCUGCUUGCCCCUUGCCUAGUUAGGAAACCAGCUUGGGUAUGCCUACGUGGAGCAUCUUGCAAAGAGGAAUGGUUGUCCCAUGACUCACGCAGCCGUCUUACGGGCCUGACUUGGCAGCUGCUUCCUAUGGAGGCGGGAAAGCCCGUGGGCAUCUCUACACCUGUACUUGGCGCAGCUGGGCAUGUGGCUGCCUAAGCCUGGCGACACGACCAAAGCAGACCCGCCAGUCAGCUUUGUCUCAGGUGUGAUGUCCUGGCAGAAAUCUCUAGCAGGCCGGAGGUUCACGCUUUUCUGCAUCUCUUCCCCCCCCCCCCCCCAAUUUUGAUAACUGAAUGGAAGUUUUUGCCUUUAUUUCCCCUCACGUCGUUGGUUUAGUUUCAUCGCUGAAAUGCACUCUGCAGUGGGGCGGCCCCAGAAUGGCAUUUGGCUCUCGGAUGACAAUGUGGAUCAAACCUCAUGCCCUUGGGUGGCUUGAAAUGGUCAGAGUUCCGGUCCGCUCAGAUCUGGCGUUCAAGACUGGGGAUAGAGCCCCCUCUAUCCCUUAAGAGCCCCAAAUUUUAAAAAGUGCAGUUUGGUCUGUUACAUGGAGAAGCCUGCGCACCUUUUUUCCCCUCCUUUGAAUCUUUAAAAAACAGGUAGCGUCGAUGUUUCCUGGCACCUGUGCGUCCCUUCCAGAGCAAGCCCUAGGCUAAAACAAUCACUGGUUCUCCUGAAGCCACAAGAGAGUUGGGAACAGCGUCGUGUCCUGAAUUUUCUGGAGUGGCUUCUAUUUUGGGGAAGUUGCAAGCCCCCACCCCCAGCUCCCUCUGAACUUUCCCUCCGCUCGGCUCCCUCCACACACACACGCUUGCCGUCUCCUAGCAGCCGAAAGGCUGGGAACAAGCAGAACCCGCAAGCCUGUACGGUUAUGAAUGUUCCACCUUAGACAAAAGGGCAGUUUCCAAGGGAAAAAUAUCGGGGAGCUCAUAUUUGGGGCAGGGCAGGGAAAUCUGUUCCCCCCCCCUUUUUUUAGUCCCUUUUUAUGCUGCUGAUUUUGUGGGUGUUGGAAGAAAAUAAAAACGUAAUGAACUGUGCUCUUUUUUUGUUUCCUAUACAUACAGUACAAGUGGCUCUACCAUGGUCAUCUUUUAAAGAAAACAUUUGAAGGCCUUUAUUUUUAACCUCGGAGUUACUCGGUUUGAUGCAGUUCCUGCAGCUCCCCAGGCAGGCCUUGGCAGUCUUCAUCUAGACAGUAGAGCAGCAAGUGGGAAAGGCUGGGAAGAGCUUUUGGAUUUCUUUCUGUUUCUGGAGAACGUUGAGAAGUGCUUUCCUAUCUUCUUGGUGGUCAGGCAGAGAAAAACGGGAUGAGAUUGUCUCCGGCAGGCGAUUUUUGGGAAGAGGCCGGGGGGACGGGACGGGGGGGGGGGGGGGGGCAGCCUUGUGGCAGGAGAAUUAGAAUUUGAACUGAAUUCUGCAGCUGCUUUUGGGGAGGGGGGGGGCUGGCCCAGUUCCUCGACUGCUAAUAAUUCUCUCUUCCCUCCCCUCUGCAGGCGUUCAGUUGUUGUCUGUCAAACGGAGUAACUCCUGAGGAUUUGAAUGUAUAAUAUUCAGUGUUUGAGUUAAAAGUUGUCAAUGAACCGGUGGGAUCAUGUGAUCUAAUUACUGUACUUUUUGUUGUUGUUUUGGACAUAACAUAUGAAAAGUGAGGCUCUUGAUGGGGCAUGUGAGUGGGGUUAUUUUAUGUUUCUAUGCCUCUGUUUAAAUUAAAAAAGAGAAUAUUUACUAGGAUGUUCUACAGUAUAAAAGGUUCCUUGCUUUCUUUUUUGUUGUGCUUUAGGGUUUUAUUUCCUUCUCUGUGUGCGUGCGUGCGUGCGUGCGUGCGUGCGUGCGUGCGUGUGCGUGUGUGUUGGGGAGAGUUUAAAGAGAAUGUGGUAAGCAUUAUGAUGGUGCAAUUUUUUAAAAAAGAAAAAACUCAAUAUUUUCAUCAUGGGGAGAUAAAAUAAAUGGCACUUUACAUUAAA